AUUCUGUAGUUCACAUGUAAUUUAAUUAGUUUAAUAACGUUUGUUGGGCAUAUUUGAAUGCAGAUUUUUAUCAUGGAAAAUGAAAAAGAACUUCUGUCCAUCGAAAGUCUUUCAACUCUUGAUGAGAUGCAAGCCGCAUAUAAUAAAAUGCAGAAAGAACUAGAGGAAAGCACAAAAUCUUUGGAAGAACACAUUAUUGAACGCCCACAAUUAGAUGCAAAAAUAAAAGGAAUUUGUAAAAUGGAACCUUUUCUUGAUUUACUUGAGUGCGACUCUGACAGACUCUGUAGCCAAACAAAUUUUGUAUGUGAUUUAGCAGAGAAUAUUAGUUCCAAAGUUCGUCAGCUUGAUUUGGCAAAAAAUCAUGUUUUUGAAGCAAUUCAACGAGUUGAUGACAUUCUGGAUUUAAAGUUUUGCACUGAUGGUGUCAAGACUGCGAUGGAGUCGAAUGACUAUGAACAAGCAGCGGCAAAUAUCCACAGAUAUUUGUGCUUAGAUGAAAAUGUAAUUCAGCAAAGCAUUAUUGCGGGAAUGGAAAGUUCAACUAUCAAUGCAUCACUGACAGUAUUAAGAGAAGCCAGAGUUCAAAUGUCUAAGGUUGUUUCGGAACAGUUCGACUUGGCAGUGAAAGAAGGUGACUUGACAGCUGUUGAGCGUUUCUUUAAAAUAUUUCCUCUUUUAAAAAAGGAGGAAGAGGGUCUGGAAAAAUUUGCCAAGUUUUUGCGGCAAGAAAUUGCAAAAAGUUCACAAGAAAAUUUGAAACUUGCUCUGAAACUUGAUUCCAAUGAUAGACGUUUUCAUGUUCUAUUUGCAGACACAUUGACACUUUUAUUUGAAGGAAUAGCUAGAACAGUAGAGAAACAACAACCUCUUGUUGAAACAUAUUAUGGUCCAGGAAAACUUUUCAUGCUUGUGAAAAACUUGCAACAAGAGUGUGAUAUUCAAGCAAGAUAUGUGCUUGAUAAGUUUGAAUCAUUCAGAAAAUUCAAGUGGAAAAUCCAACAAGUACAGAAUGCUUUUGUUAAUAGAGGACGGAGCGCUGAUGAUUUGAAUAGGAAAUCUUUUGAUCCAAGAGAUAUUGAACCGUUGCUUGCUGAAGUUACUCUGAUAAGUGCAAGGUGUGAAUUAUAUCUUAGAUUUUUACGGAGACGUGUACAGGCAGAUAUUGACAUUGUGUAUCAAACAGAGGAAGAAAAGAAGGAAAAUAAAAGUGAACUUCUCAAGUGGGUGACCAACUGUGACCUCAGUCAUAAAAUGCAGGAGAUUGUUGGUGGAUAUAUCUUGAUGGAGGAAUAUUACAUGAGAGAAUCAGCAUCGAAAGCUAUACAACUUGACACAAUUGAAGAAGGUUCGCUGACUUCAAGUAUGGUGGAUGAUACAUUCUUUAUAUUAAAGCAAUGUAUUAAAAGGGCCAUGACAAGUUCAUCUAUUGAUUGUGUUUGUGCAAUGCUAAACCAUGCAGCCAGUGUGCUUGAUUCCGAUUUCCGUUCUGUUUUAACAACUAGAAUCAAAGCAGGCUUCUCAUCUGGUGGAAUGCUAGAUAACAUUAGUUCUGCGUACAAUGUUAUGCAGACUUCACUUCAGCAAGGUAAAUUGGGAAGUGUAGAUGAACAAAAUGCAAUGGCGCGUCAAAUGUUCAUCACCACUCUCAAUAACUGCGAUGUAGCUAGUCAACAUGUACAAACACUUAAACGAAGUCUAGAAGCUGAAGUUUUCAAAGUUUUUGUAAAACUACCGAAACAAGAUUUGGCUAAACUGGAAAGUUGUUUUAGUGAUCUUGUUGCAUUAUCAUCCAAUUUCAAGGACUUGUUGGAAGCAGGUGUAACUGAGCUCAGCUCAUCUUGUAUAAAACCAGAAAUCCGCCCAUUAAUUACGAAUUUUUUAUCUGUGAGUCACAUUUUAAGUGAAUCAGAUUUCGCCACUUAUGAGGCAAACGAUCCUUGGGCAGAACAGUUAAUUUAUGCUUUGCAACAGCUGACUGACAAAUUUCAUGAAGCACUUUCAUCAAUGAUAUAUGACCAACUCAUCAGUCACUUGACCAAUGAAAUUGCUAUACAGCUAGAAAAAGUUGUAUUCAAGUCUACCUUUAAUCGACUAGGUGGAAUGCAGUUUGAUAAAGAGCUUCGGUCACUUGUGAGUUUCCUGACAACAACGACAACUUGGACUGUUCGUGAUCGUUUUGCAAGACUGACUCAAACAGCAACGAUUUUGAAUUUAGAUCGUGUUGAUGAAAUAUUAGACUAUUGGGGCCAUAAUUCUGGGCCUCUAACAUGGAGACUUACUCCAGCAGAAGUACGACGUGUACUUGCGUUGAGGGCGGACUUUGGCUCUGAUGAAAUUUGUAAACUUAAAUUAUGAUUCUAAUCAUAAAAUAUGGUAUAAACUUGAAAUUACCUAAAUUUUACAUAUUAAAUUUUUUCACAUUUCAUUCUGGAAUGCUUUAUCGAAAUGUCUGUUUUAAAAAUUGAGUGCAUGCAAUCGUAGUCCUACAUCAGUGAUUGUCAAAGUGUGGGCCACGGCCAAAUUGUGGGCCCCCAAGUAUUUUCUACUGUGGGCCCGCCAACAAAUUUCAAUUAUGGGCAGUGAUACACAAAAAUGUUUCUAUAAAUCCAACAUUACAUAUAAUUUUUUUCCCAAAUGGUUCGAUCAUUAUGUUUGUUUCAACUAUAGUACUGUAGCGUAUUAUGUAUGUAUGUUUAUUUGCUUCAGAAAUGUAACAGUAUCUGUAUAAUAAUUAAACAGUAUAACAGAGACGGGA